AUGAAUGCACUGGCGCAGGAGCUUAAGGUGACAGUAGAAUGCAUGCGUGAUAUUCAAGUACGGCUGAUCGAUAUGGAGCUGGCGUUUAAGGAGGACCAGGAAGAGGUCGAGUCGUAUACCGACGAAAUUGCUGACUGCUGCGACCGCAUCGAGGCCAUUGACGAGUUUGUACGCGAGAUGGACGCCGGCAACAUCCCCGCAAUGGGAGACGUUGCUUCAGUCAUGUCUAACAUGGCAGAGGAACGCGAGGAGGAGGAAAAGAUGCUUCAGCUUUUGGGCGAUGCUCGUACGUGUCACGAGGAGCAGCUCCAGCACUUGAAGAUCGAGCUUGUGAGCCUCCAAGACGAGAGAGGGAUGCUGCAGAAGAAGAGCUUCCAGAUCAUGUGUGUUUUCGAACGUGCAGGAAUCGUUGAAUUGGUGGCAAGGCUCGCUGAACGCAGUAUCAAGAUGCUCUAG